CUAGGUUCUCAUUGGAGUUGAUAUUCUAGUAGACUUCAGCUAUGCAGACGAUCAAGUGUGUAGUUGUGGGUGAUGGUGCUGUUGGUAAAACCUGUCUCUUAAUUUCUUACACAACAAAUAAAUUCCCAUCGGAAUACGUACCAACGGUUUUUGAUAACUAUGCUGUAACAGUGAUGAUUGGAGGAGAGCCUUACACCCUAGGCCUCUUUGAUACUGCAGGUCAGGAAGACUAUGAUAGAUUACGACCACUCAGCUAUCCACAGACAGAUGUAUUUCUGGUCUGUUUUUCAGUGGUGUCUCCUUCUUCAUUUGAAAAUGUGAAAGAAAAGUGGGUACCUGAAAUUACUCACCACUGUCCAAAGACUCCUUUCCUGCUUGUUGGGACCCAGAUUGAUCUAAGAGAUGAUCCCUCAACAAUUGAGAAACUUGCCAAGAACAAGCAGAAGCCCAUAACUCCAGAGACGGCUGAAAAACUGGCCCGGGACCUGAAGGCUGUCAAAUAUGUGGAAUGCUCUGCACUUACGCAGAAAGGCCUAAAGAAUGUAUUUGACGAAGCGAUAUUGGCUGCCCUGGAGCCUCCGGAGCCGAAGAAGACUCGCAGGUGUGUGCUGCUAUGAACGUCCCUCCAGAGCCCCUUCUGCAAAGCUGGUGUUUGAUGUCAUACUAAAAGCAAUGUUUAAAUCAAACUAAAGAUACAAAUUUUAAAAUUUGUUUUUGCAAUAAUGACAAAUGCCCUGCACUCCCAUCUCCCCCACACGAUCCCUGUGUGAGAUGAGAAUGUUAGUGUUUAUUCCCCAGUGCCCCCUCAAUUCAGUUAAACUAGUUAAUUUUGAGUAAUUAUGUAUUAUCAGAAAACACUGAUCAGUACUAGUUUUUUAUUUUGUUUACUGUUUCUAAUUUUUUUUUGUUUAAAAUCCAGGCAUGCUUGUGAUGACUUUUUCUGUAACAGACUAAUUCUAGGCUGUUUACUGAAGCCUUGUCCCUUAUGCCAGUCUGGCGAGACUUGGUUCUGGUUUCAAUAACUUCUAGGGCUGUUCUGCAGCCAGCCAGCAGCCUGGGUGUGAGCAGAAUUUAGUACUAAAGACAAAUACAGGAAAGUAAAAUGUCCCAAGCUGGUGCUCCUCCAAGGAGGAGUGUAGAAAAUGCAUCUGCAUCUCCUCUGAAGUUGCCCUGUAUCUCUUCCCCUGGCUUUCCACUGUGCAGGUCAUAAAUUUCUACCCCAUCCUCUAAAUUAUGAAGCCUUAGGGAUAGGAGAAUCCUUUCUCUGGAUGCACCAUCAGACUUGAAACUAGCUUGCCAGUCUCUUCCUUAGUGUUUGACAUGAGAAGCUUUUGUCAUGUGAUGAAGAAAUAACUGCACCUUUUAAAGCAUGCCCAACUGAUUCAGUUGGCUUUUAACGAAUCCAUCUUCUGCCGAUCCUUAAUUAUUAGAGAAACACUUACAAUGACUAGCAUAUACACUGCUGUGUGGACACUCUGAAAGGACCUGGUGUAUGUUAAGAUGAGUUUUGGAGCUGGCCCUGGUGGUGCAUCUUUUACAGGAUGGCUUAGCAUCCUUCAGGGAGGGGUGGAAAGAUAGACCUGUGUCAGGAGGAAGGAUGUGCGGGGAGGGGUUUCUAGUGUGUAGUUUGGCACCGUAUAGGGACCAGUUAAGGGAAUCCCCUUUUUCUGCGUUGUGCUCGUAAGUAAUCCUGAACCUGUAAGAUGGGUUCCAGCCCGCUGAGGAUUGUGUGCAGGGUCUUUACGUAGACUCACUGCAGUGUUGUAGGGAUUUUACCAAAAAUAUAUUUUGGCUUGCAAAUUCAAAGUUUUUUUUAAGAUUUAGGGAAUCUUCACCAUCUUCCAAAAUUCCGAUUUCUUGUAGACUCAUUAGUGUUGAACCAAUGCUUUUUCAUGUCUAAGUUCUUUGUAUAUGCAUUCUUUUCAGAUGUAUUAAACAUAAAGUAUCUUCACAA